CUGUUCUGAGAUACGGUUUGAAAGGGGAGACUCUCACUGCAGUUGUAGAGGAUGGCAGAACCCAAAAGGAGAUGAAGAGAGGAGAGGAACAGAGGGUUGUGUGCGGAACUUCAGAGCUGCAGAAGCCUUUUGUCCUGAGCUCUCCCUGCACAGUUGGACCGGAGCUGACAAUGAAGAUGAGCAUGGAAUGCAGAUGGAUCGGUCAAGACAAGUUUCCGAUAUAAAGCAUCCUGUUUGGAGUUACACCUGAGUGGGACUGUGUCUGAUGGAUUACGGUGUUUUCUGCAAGCUGCUCACAUGAAUUCAGAGGUCGGUGAGAUGUGGACGCAUUCGCCUUCAGGAGAAAUCUGAGACCUGGAUGAGCCUUCGAGCACGACGAGAACAUUCAAGUGAAGGAGACAAACCAUGGACUUGUUAUGGUGUGGCAUCGGACCGAUCGCGUGCUUCUAACCCGUUUGUAGCACCCUCUACCCUGCACCCCAUGUCACACCUUUCCCUGAAUUAUGGAACUUUUGUGGAAGACGCUGACUUGGACACUGAGCCUGGUGGUGAUGGCUGCUUCUGAAUUCCAAAGCAUCAACAGACUUUCACACAACUCUCAAGAGGAGUUCCUGUCCUACCUUCAGCACUACCAGCUGACUGUCCCGGUACGGGUGGAUGAGAGCGGAGAGUUCCUGAGCUACACUGUGAAGCACCACCGGCCGGGCCGCCGGCGACGGGGCGCGGCGGACCCCUUGAUGGGACAGCUGCCUGCGUUACACCCGGACCCCCCAGAGUCGCGGCUGUUCUACAGAUUGUCAGCCUACGGAAAGCACUUUCACUUAAACCUGACGCUCAGCCCCCACCUGGUGUCAAAACAGUUUACAGUGGAGUACUGGGGCAAAGAAGGAAUGGAGUGGCGUCAUAACGUGGUAGAUAACUGUCACUAUGUCGGAUUCUUGCAAAAUCAGCACAGCACGACCAGAGUGGCACUCAGCAACUGCAAGGGCCUGCAUGGUGUUAUAACAACAGAUGAGGAACAGUAUUUGAUAGAGCCAUUAAAGAACAUAUCCUCCACCACCUCCGGUGAAUGGAACCUGGAAGAAGCACAGCAACAUGUUAUUUAUAAAAUGUCUGCCAUUCCCUCACCACAAGAACAUAGCCAGGAGUUCAGCUGUGGCAUUUCAGACCUCAUUAAAAGCAGCGCACCUUGCCCGUUGAGCACCCCUUCCCCUGUCCACUUGUCCCCCGGACCCCGAAACGACAGCGAGCACUCAAGCGGCGCACGCAGACAGAGGCGCUCGGUCAGCACCGAGCGCUUUGUGGAAACGCUUGUGGUUGCUGAUAAAAUGAUGGUCGGUUACCACGGACGCAAAGACAUUGAGCACUACAUCUUGUCUGUAAUGAAUAUUGUUGCCAAACUUUACCGUGAUGCCAGUCUAGGAAAUGUUGUGAACAUUAUUGUGACCCGGUUGAUUGUGCUGACUGAAGAUCAGCCUAACCUGGAGAUCAACCACCAUGCUGACAAGUCUCUGGACAGUUUCUGUAAGUGGCAAAAAUCCAUUCUGUCUCAUCACAGCGACGGCAACAGCAUUCCUGAAAACGGGAUGGCUCACCAUGACAACGCUGUCCUAAUCACCCGGUAUGACAUCUGCACCUACAAGAACAAACCCUGUGGUACCUUAGGCUUGGCCUCAGUGGCUGGAAUGUGCGAGCCGGAGAGGAGUUGCAGCAUCAAUGAAGACAUCGGCCUUGGUUCUGCUUUCACCAUCGCGCACGAGAUCGGCCACAAUUUUGGGAUGAACCACGAUGGGAUCGGGAAUUCCUGCGGUACCAAAGGCCACGAGACAGCCAAGCUGAUGGCUGCUCAUAUAACAGCCAACACCAACCCUUUCUCCUGGUCCGCCUGCAGCAAAGACUACAUCACCAGCUUUCUUGACUCAGGUCGGGGGACGUGUCUGGACAAUGAACCUCUGAAACGAGACUUCCUGUACCCAACAGUGGCCCCGGGGCAGGUGUACGAUGCAGACGAGCAGUGUCGCUUCCAGUAUGGAACCUCCUCACGCCAAUGCAAGUAUGGGGAAGUGUGUAGAGAGCUCUGGUGCCUUAGCAAAAGCAACCGCUGUGUAACCAACAGUAUCCCUGCUGCCGAGGGGACCCUGUGCCAGACUGGCAGCAUUGAGAAAGGGUGGUGCUACCAGGGGGAGUGUGUUGCGUUCGGUACCUGGCCUCAGAGUGUGGACGGAGGCUGGGGGCCCUGGUCCACGUGGGGGGAGUGCAGCAGGACCUGUGGGGGCGGUGUAUCCUCCUCCAUGAGGCACUGUGACAGCCCAGCCCCGUCUGGAGGAGGAAAGUACUGUCUCGGAGAGAGGAAACGUUACAGAUCUUGUAACACCGAUGCCUGUCCUGCAGGAUCUCGCGAUUUCCGAGAGAAGCAGUGCGGCGACUUUGACAACAUGCCUUUCCGUGGGAAGUACUACAACUGGAAGCCUUACACUGGGGGUGGUGUUAAGCCCUGUGCGCUGAACUGCUUGGCAGAGGGCUAUAACUUCUACACGGAGCGUUCUCCUGCAGUCAUAGAUGGCACCCGAUGUCAGGCGGACUCUCUGGACAUUUGCAUCAAUGGAGAGUGUAAGCAUGUGGGCUGCGACAACAUCCUGAGCUCUGACGCUAAAGAAGAUCGAUGCCGUGUGUGUGGAGGUGAUGGCAGCACCUGCGAGGCAACCGAGGGACUCUUCAACGAGUCUCUACCCAGAGGAGGCUACAUGGAGGUGGUUCAGAUCCCAAAAGGAUCCGUUCACGUCGAGAUCAAAGAAGUUGCCAUGUCGAAGAAUUACAUCGCUCUGAAAUCUGAAGUGGAUGAUUAUUACAUCAACGGAGCGUGGACCAUCGACUGGCCCAGGAAGUUUGACAUCGCAGGGACGGCCUUCCACUACAAGAGACCCACUGAUGAACCGGAGUCUUUAGAGGCGCUGGGUGCUACCACUGAAAACCUGAUUGUCAUGGUCCUCCUUCAGGAGCAGAACCUGGGAAUACGCUAUAAAUUCAACGUGCCCAUCCAGCGCACAGGAAGUGGUGACAACGAGGUGGGCUUCUCCUGGCACCACCUGCCCUGGUCUGAAUGCUCGGCUACCUGCGCUGGCGGUUCCCAGAAGCAGGAGGUGGUAUGUAAAAGGCUGGAUGACAACUCGGUGGUCCAGAACAACUACUGUGACACAGACAGCAGACCUCCAGAGAACCAGAGAGACUGCAACACUGAGCCGUGUCCUCCAGAGUGGUUUAUCGGCGACUGGACAGAGUGUGGGAAGACGUGCGAUGGCGGGAUGAGGACGAGGACGGUCCUGUGCAUCAGGAAGAUCGGCCCUGCUGAGGAGGAGACACUGGAGGACACCCACUGUCUGACUCACCGGCCCAUCGAACGAGAGGCAUGCAACAACCAGUCCUGCCCGCCAAAGUGGGUCCCUCUGGAUUGGUCAGAGUGCACGCCUAAAUGUGGCCCCGGCUUCAAGCACCGCAUCGCCUUGUGCAAGAGCAGCGACCUGACAAAAACCUUCCCGCCCGCCCACUGCCCGAGCCACAACAAACCUCCGGUCCGAAUCCGCUGCAGUUUAGGACGCUGUCCUCCUCCUCGCUGGAUCCCUGGUGAAUGGGGACAGUGUUCGGCGCAUUGCGGCCUGGGGCAGCAGAUGAGGACUGUGCAGUGUCUGUCUUACACCGGGCAGCCGUCUAACGAGUGCGCAGACUCCCUCCGGCCCACCACCAUGCAGCAGUGUGAGAGCAAGUGUGACGCCACCCCCAUCUCCAAUGGCGAUGAGUGCAAAGAUGUAAACAAAGUGGCCUACUGCCCGCUGGUACUGAAGUUCAAGUUCUGCAGCCGUGCGUACUUCAGACAGAUGUGCUGCAAGACCUGCCAGGGGCACUGACCCUUGGAGCACGAAAGCGAGACGUAGCGAGAGGAAAAGGCAAGACAGAUGGAGGGAGGCUGAUACGGCACUGACAGGGAGAGAAAAAGAAAACAAGGCUGACUGAAAAAAAACAACCUCUGGACCCGUGGAAGGCAGACGAAGAGAGAUCAGCGCGAGAGAACGAGACGGAAGGAUUUCCCCCGUUUAUCACACCGGGUCCUCUGGCCCUCCAUCGCGGUGGAAUCCAAACCACUGCUCAGCCCGUAACGCUGACACAAACUUUUAAAAUUUCACUUCUGUGAAGUGGAACUUGGCAGAUUAUUCGUUGGAGAUGUUAUUUUUAUUAUAAUAAUAAUUAUUGAUAUCAUUGUUAGUCUUCUUUUUGUUUUAUGAAUCCAAAGUGCUGGACACAUCGCUCGCAGAGGAUGUUACCCACCCCCGGAGACGGACAGACGGAGGGGAGGACU